AGUGAAGGGGCACAUGGCUGACCACAGGAGGAGGAAAUAAGCAGCACUUCGACUCAAACCUCACGUACCAUGGGAGAAGGAGGAAGCACACUUGAGCAGCUGCUUCAGCGGAUGAGAGAAAGACCCAAUACUAAAGGUGGGUCUGCCCAUGGCAGGACCUUCGGGGUUUGGUGGGGAGGUUUGGCUUCAGUCACAGAGGCAGCUUGCAAAACGGAAUGAGUGGAAGCGCAAAGAGGAAAUGAUGGGGCUGGAAAAAAUGGGUAUUUCUCAUGCCUGUCUGGUUGCUUGUGCAAUAAUAUGCCCAUGGCAGCACUCUUGCGUUUGCAAGGCAAAAGCCCGAGAGGGCAAGCUUUCUGCUGAAACUUUCUGCUGAAACUGCCUUUUAGCAGUCGGUGUUUUAAAAAGAGCGAGAGAUAUUACGACUUGCAAACCUUACAGUAUGAGGCUCUGUAAACUCUGGAUUUUGGAAAUGAUUGCUUUCUUGUGUCUGACUGGAUCACAAGCCUGCGGUUUCAGAUUCCUCCAGUCAUACCGCCUUGGGCUUCCUCACAUGUGGCAUUUACAAAUCGCUCGACAACUUGAGGUUGCUCAAGGUCUGAAGCGGUCCUUUGUUUAGCUGUGGAGGUUUGCGGAGGCUUCUUUUGUCUCCUCGCAUAUUGUUAUGCUGCUCCUCACUUUCCUGAGAGGAGAGAAGUGUGGUUUUGUGCGGUGUGUUUUGCUUCCUUUGGAUGAGAGGGCACCCAGGGAUGGGGGCAGGUGCUGGCGAUAGGGGGUGAUGUUCUGCUAGGCCAGAGCAGAAGACCCACUGCCAAUCUGCGCAGCCUGCUUGCUGGUCCUCUCUCCUUGUUGCCCACCCACCUGCUGUCUCUGAGGGCACAGAAACAGAGUCAGACCAUUUGCUCCAUCUGGCUCAGGACUGUCAAAACUGACUGGCAGCAGUUCACCAGCGGCUCAGACAAGGAAAUGUUUUCCCACCAAGAGAUUGAACAUCCGCACCUUCUGAACGCAAAGCCACUUUCCUAAAUAAAAUUACAGGUGUGUAAAAGCAGUUAGCAUGCCGUAACUAGCAUGUGAGCAGCCUCCCCGUGAGGAUAGGGGCAGCAGCGUUGGGGAACCAUCACCCCAUUGUGAUCAUGAUCAAAAUGACACACCCCAAUUUGCUGUUAGCCGCAGCAGGAGCCCAUGGGAGUUUAUUUCCUGAUACAAAUCACACUUUGUUUGUGUGUAUGUGUGUAACCAGGAUGGUGGCAGGAAGACAAGGGUUAAACUCCCCGCUCUCUGCCCACCACCAUCCGGAUUCUGCUCAGCUUCACCCCUGCCCCAUGGUGCCUAUUUAUUUAAUUAUUCUAAAAAGUGCAGAUCAGUUGUUUCCACACAUCUACCAUGGCCCUGGCUUCUGGGUGAGUAGGAUAAAGGAGAAGGAACAGCUGACCGCCAUUCAUCUCACUUUGUGGGCAGCUGUGGGGCUGGUUUCAGAGGAAGAAGCCAAGUGCAUGGUCAGGGGCGACAGUGGCAAGGAAAGAGAAAGAGAGAGUAUGUGUGUGUGUCCAUGCUGGCUGGGGCUGAUGGGAGUUGUAGUCCAAAUUAUCAGGAGAGCACCAGGCUGGGGAAAGUUGACUUACACCUACAGCUCUGUUUUCUCCUGCUUCCAUUUCCCCUUUGUUGCAUUUUAGACGCUAUUCUCCUUCAUUCAAGACUAACAUAUUUUGGGGAAGUCGCUAAAGGCUUGCCUGCGCAGUGUGGAAGGGACACUUUUCACCCCUUCCCAGGAUCCCCCUGAGUACCAUUGAGAAGAUGUUCCCCCCCUCCUAUGGCAGGCAGCUCCUUUCAAUAUAAUAGGUGGGGCAUGAACAAUGGCCCCUUGCUGUGCCUUAGAAAUAAGGAGAGAACUCUGCUGUACUCCCAUAUUGCAUCCCUGAGCCUUUGAAGGGGCAGGGAACGUGGGCAGUUUAUUACCCUUGUAUAUGACUAGUGAAUUCAUAUCUGCACUCCUCCUCAGUAAACCUUGCAGAAGAACCUCACAUAUCCAGCUGCCUUCAUGUCAAUGCAGUAUACUAGAUUACGCAUUUCACCACCCUGAGUUUAACUCACUGGAAGCGUGUUCAUAUUCUUGCUUUAGGAGCUGAACGUCUUCUGCAUGAAGCUGCUGCAUGAUGGUUCUCUCAACCCAAGAUGGAGAAAAAACAACUGCCUUUGGUCCUGUGAAACCCACAGUAUGACAUACAGGAAGCACAAAGAGCUCACAAUGCCCAAUUUUAGACUUGUCUCCAUGAUGCUCUACAUACUGUUAGUCUUCUUUGUGUGGCCGCAUCAGGGCGUUCAUUCUUUUGGGCUCGCUCACUGUAUUCUUUCCCCGAACAGGCCGGGCCUUGCUACCUGCAGUGGCCAGGCCAUCUCCAACUUGACUUCUGUUACCCUCCAGCUGCCCAACUCCACCCGCUGGCUCAACGCCUCCAACAACAAAGUGACGCACCUGACCUCAACGACCUUUUCCCAUCUUCCUCACUUGUUGGAACUUUACCUGGACCAUAACAACAUAUCAGGCAUUGAGUAUAAUGCCUUCCAAAGCUUGGAGGACUUGGAGGUGCUUGAUCUGAGCUGGAACCAGCUGGUGUCUGUGGAGUCUUCCAUGUUGUCCAGCCUCAGGAAUCUGCGUGAGCUGUUUUUGGGUCACAACGGUAUUGCCACAUUGCAUCCCAGCUCCCUCAUAUCCCAGGUGGCUCUGCAGGAACUGCACCUUCCCAACAAUAAUCUCUCUAGUCUCCAAGAGGUGGCAACAGCUACCCAAGGCUUGGCCAACCUUACCUUCCUUGACUUGGGUUCCAAUCAGAUCUCUACUCCAUGUAUGGGCUCCAGUUGGAUUGUCUUUCCCUCCCUGAGGAACCUCAGCCUCAACAGCAAUGGGAUUUCCAGGCUGGACUUGUCUAACUGCUCCUUCCCUAACUUGCAACAACUCAACCUAACCCUUAACAACAUGUUGCAAGUGGAGGCUGGAUCCUUUCGGGCCACCCCUGUUUUGGUGGAGUUGUCCUUCAACAUGAACCCCCUGGAUAUCUCCCAGCUUAUCAAUGCAACUCUCCCUAACCUAACCAUGUUGCAUUUAUCCAGUAUGAAUCCACCAUUAAAUGAGAGCAUGUCAGCAGCUUGCUCCUUCUUCAAAAGCUUACCCUCUUUGACCUCUUUGGACAUCCAACAUUCUCAAAUGAAUGACACUCAACUGAGGCAGCUGGGUUCCUGCACUAAUCUCACGUGGCUGGAUCUGUCCACCACAGGGUACAAGUAUCUGAAAAAUGGGGUCUUCGAAACAUUUCAAGGCCUGGAAUUCCUCUCUCUGGAGAAGUGCAAAGUCCUGAGGCUCAGCUCUAGUGCCUGGGGGAAGCAGAUGCAGCUACGAACCCUGAUCCUAAGGAGAAAUUCCAUUUCCCAGUUGGAGGAUUCUGUCUUCCGUCCUUUGAACCAAUUGAGCUAUUUGGAUCUGUCAAAGAACCACCUGACCAACCUUCAGCAGAGAUCCUUUUUUGGCAUGGAGGCAUUGCGGACCCUCAUCCUGCAGGGCUGCCAGAUCACAGCUGUCACCCGCAACACCUUCCAUUAUGCCCGUAAGAUGGAAUUCUUGGACUUGAGGGAUAACAGCAUCAAAUUAAUCAAGCCCCGUGCCUUUUUGCUCAAGCACGUGGGGACUCUCCUGCUGUCAGGAAACAAAAUCCUCACUGUCAAAAGGAAUGGCUUUUACCAACUGAACUCCCUGAGAUAUCUCUACCUAGACCACAACUUGCUUUACAAGCUAUCUCGGGGAGUCUUUACACCCCUCAAAAAACUAGAAAUCUUGGACAUCAGUCACAACCACCUCUUUACUUACAACAAAUAUGAUUACCCGAGUCCUUUUGCUGGUCUCCGCUCCCUUCGCAAGCUGGACCUUAGUUUUCAGAGUCCUAGACUACCCAUUUGUCCCCCAGACAAAGUCCUCCAAGGCCUUGGGAACCUACAGUACCUCUCUUUGAAGGGCAACCCCAGUCUCUUGUUCCUUAACAUCUCGUUUGUUAACCUGACUAGCCUCAAGUCUUUAGAUGUCUCCGAAAUCAGUCCAUUCAAUGACUCUUGGAAACCUUCAUUAAAUUUCUUCCAAGGCCUGGGUAACUUAAGCCAACUCUGGAUAGAUGACAGUGCCAUCAAGGACUUGCCUGAACAAAUAUUUUCUGGUUUGACAUCUCUAGAGCAACUCUCCCUGAGCAAGAAUGACCUGAGGAACAUCAGUAAAAAAACGCUUCAUGGGCUGUCCUCCUUGAAAUAUCUGGAUGUCUCUGGGAAUCCCCUGACAUGCUCCUGUGAUAAUGCCUGGUUUCAAAACUGGUCUGUGUCAGAACCAAAUAUCCAGGUGUCCUUGCUGGGCUCAUAUCAUUGCUUUGGCCCUGGCACAACUGACCGUCUCUUUGCUUAUGAAGAUUUCUCCUUCUGCUUUGAGACUAGGGAAAUAUACUUCUUCAUUGCCACCACUGUGAUCACCCUUUGCUUCCUGUUUACUGUUUUAGUCUAUGCCAAAUUUGGUUGGACCCUCAGACAUGGCUACUACCUGCUGAGGGGCUGGGGCUUCAAGCACCAGCGCCAAAAGGGACAGGAAUACCAGUAUGAUGCCUACAUUUCUUGUUGUAGUCAGGACCACGAAUGGGUGGUGAACAAUGUUCUGGAAAAGCUGGAAGUGCAAGGAGAACCCAGCUUGCGGCUCUGCUUUGGGCCUAGAGAUUUCGCGCCUGGAGAAUAUUACAUAGACAACGUUCAGAAUGGAAUAAGCCAGAGCCGCAAGACCUUGUGUGUGGUGAGCGACAAUUACUUGGAAAGUGAGUGGUGUUCACUGGAAAUCCAACUUGCUUGUUCCAAGAUCUACUACCACAGGGAGGACCCUCUGGUUGUGGUCUUUAUGGAGGAAAUCCCUAACUACAGGUGAGUGAGGAUAGCUCAUCAGCCGCAAAGGUGAGACAGGAAUAUUGAGUGCCAAGGCAGGAGGUCUUAUUUCAUUCAUUCCUUCUGAUUUGAACAUUUCUUAUCCUUUGUUUAAAAUAACCCCGGAGGAGGGUACAAUUCCACAAAUCAUAAUAAAACCACAAUUUAAUAUUAACACCCAUGUUCAGAAACGCUGGGGAAGGCUACUGCCUUUGCGCCCUUGCUUGUGGGCUUCCCAUAUGCAGCUGGUGUGGGAAUGUUGUAGGUACUAGGAGAGGAUAUAUUGAUUUAAUAGUAUCCUUCCUAACUCACGCUUGUGAGUCAGCAGCAGAACAACAUUCCCCAAUAUAUAGCAGGAAGCUAGUUGGUAGAUUCGUUUGAAUUUCUUUACUUAAGCAAUCCAAUCUGGCUUUGUUCAGAUUGGAUUUUUUUUUUUUUUAAUAAAUGAUAUUUAUUAAAGAUACAUGAAAGUACAGAAUAAAGAAAAAGUAUAAAGUUUUAAGAUAUAACAAAAACAGUAAAAAAUAAGGAAAAAAAACAUACAAAAUAAAACAGUUAAAAACACAAUAAUGUUCCAUAGCCUAUCUUCCUUACUCUUAUUUCCCCGGACCUCCUCAUACCUCCCUUCUUUGUAUUCCAAUUCAAUUUGUUGGUUCAGCAAAUCCUUACCAUUAAUCUUUUACCCAAUUGUUAACCUUUUUUUUCCAUGUCUCUUAAAGCAUUACAGCUAAAACCUCUUAGUUUCUAUCCAACAUCCUUCUAAAGUUUGUUCAGAUUGGAUUUUGUUCCUGGUAAGUCCCCUUUUUACCCCUCCUAAAAAAAAAAAAAUUAAGACACAAGAAGCUUCUUUUAAAAGCAACAAGAAUUUUACUCACAUUCAGUUCACAGUUGGAUUCCUGAAGGCAGGCUUUAGCUUAGAGUUACAGAAGAGGGUUUGAGUUCAUCCCAUAUGGGAAUGAGCCCAUGUCCUGGUGGCUGAGAGCCAGCAGACAGCAAAAUACAUCAGUAUCCAGAGAGCAUGGCAUCAAGAGGAAGAGGAAGGGAGGUGGCUCCGUGACCAGCCCCUUUUAUGGGGUUUCCCAGGGUCACGCCCACCUACCUGGUCACAUGCAGGGGGAGGAAGCUCCAGACAGGAAGUAUGACAGGAAGUCCUCCUAGCUGUGGAGUAACACCCCCCCGUGUGUCCACUCUAGGCAAACAGGAAGUGUUGUACUUGACUGCUUAUAUUACAUCCCACAGUUGGUUGGCCACCAAGGGAAGCCGGAUGUUUUGCUUAGAUUCAGCCUUUGUCUGCUCCAGCGGGCCACUUCUUGAGGACCCCAUUGAGUACGUCUGGGUGUGGAGUAUGGUCAGUCUGCUAAGGAAUGGGAAACCUCAGCCCUGCUUUCCUUCCUUCCUAGGUUGUCUCCCUAUCAUCGCCUAAGGAAACUGAUGAAGCAAGAGAGCUACCUCACAUGGCCGGAGGACCCUGAGGCUGAGAAUGUGUUCUGGACCAAACUGCACGAGGCCUUGAGCUGUGGAGAGCCAGAGCAAAACACUAUGCAAUUUAGCGUGACUUGUUAGGUGACGGCCGCAAAGCAAAACACUGUGACUAGCCUUCCUGGGAUCGGUUAACCUACAACAGUGCUUCUCAACUGUGUGGCCUUUUAGCUAACAUAGAAAUCCCCCCCUCCCCACACCCCCUUCAAACCUGGCUCCUCUUAUAAGUUUAUUUGAAUUUCCAUUGAAAUGUUGUGACUUUUAAUUGUAAAUAGCAUUUUGUGUUUAAUAAUAGAAAUGAAUGUAUUUCAUACUUUUAUAGAUAAAUAAUUUUGUUGUUGUUUUUACUUAGCUUGGAAUAUAUUUUUUAGAAAUACAUCCCCUCAAAAAAAAAAGGAAGGAAGGAAGGAAGGAAGGAAGGAAGGAAGGAAUACAUCCCCUCCCUUGAGAUCUUUAUACAAGCCUCAGGGGUGGCGGAGCCCCACUGGCUAAGAAACACUAACCUAGAAUGACAUGAAGCAGAAGGAAGAACAUGUACUGCGAUUGCCGCCACCAACAAAGGAUGCCAUGGCACUUUCCAUCUCUGGAUGACAGAAUGUUUUAUAAACGAUGCUGCCUGAAAUUGGACAGGGACUUGUGGGGCUCACAUUAACCAUCUAGAGGAGGGGAAGGAGUAUAAAAAUAUUGAAUCUAGUAAGCUGAUGCCUUACAGUAUU